GAGAGGGGCUGGUCUGACCCCGAGGAUUUUACGAGAUAUCCCAGGAUAUUCAAAGUCAACCACAAAGAAACACGCUCAACACAACAUACAUCAUGGAUCCUCCGACUCGAUCUCAAGUCAAGCGCCGCGCUGUCUCAGCUCAACAUGUUGGUAACAACCUGUCCGCAAACCGCAUGUCAGAUGAAUCUCCGAGUACCUUCACCUCGAAGUCAAAAUAUGGACAGCUUGCUGUUGACGGACAACCUCUUCGGUCCAGAAAUCAAAUGGUCUCGGUAGGAUGGGUUGAAGGGGACAAUUCAGUGUCCAGAAGGACGUCUAGUCUACAAUUCGAGCUCGCCGAAUGUGUCGAGACCAAGACUAUCACCACAACCACAACAACUAAGCGAUCAUACCCCCCUCUUCUCAUCCGACAAGACCUAGAUAAAUUGGAUCCCAAAGAGUAUCCUUUGGCUCUUCAACAACCUCCGCCUGAACUCCUCAACUUCUCCUAUGAGAUUGAUGAUUCAUCUGCAGGUCAAAGUGAGGAUAGCACCGCCAAAUUGAACUUUCCAGCAUCCAUGAUUCUCGAUGAUAUAUCUCCCAAAGAAUUCGACGAUCAAGACAACCUUGAGACCUUGAAAACAUACAAGAAUUUCUCGGCCAACACCUCCGGCCAACAACUAUCAGAACGACUUAGCCAAAAGCUAGAUAUGGUUAAUCAGAGAAGAUCAGUGAAAACCGCUUCAGAAAUACGCUUCAAGACUCGAAGAGCACAAAAGACGAUGAAGCAAGAGCCCAGAGAUAGCGAGGAACUCGAAUCUCCGAGAGAAAAUCACCGACGCCGUCACGGCUUGGGAAUGCACCUUUCACACAAUCCUACGUUUCCUGCAACACCAGACAUGUCGGAAGUAGACGUCUCCAAUGAUCGUACCCAGCCAUCGACCAAAUCAUUUUUCGACAGUGCAUACACACCACACUCAGGCUUGAGUCAGAACGACUCAUUCGAAGAUGUCCCGAGCCCGCCAGAGUUUCCGAACCAGGAAGCUUUCACAAAUGCCGUUGCUACACCUCCGAUUGCAGAAUCCGAUCUAGAACCAUUAGAGGAUACUACUUCGUAUACAUUGGCUUCUGGACAACGACCUACGGUCAAUACUGCUGCCGCGCAGAAUGCAAGCUUACCCAGUCCUGGUCUAUCUCCUACUUUCUCCUCUGCCAAUAUUCCCCACGAUCUUUUCACUCGAGCUGAUGCUAUCAGAGAGGAUGGCACAGCAUCAGCCGCUAGUCCUGCCACUCAAAUUGGCGAUAGUCAGGAGACUUCUGAUGGCGAUGACUUAGAUCUAUCAGAAUCUCAAGCCUUGCGUCCGUUUCAGCAAAGCUCUCGUGGUCAUCCGACUAUGUUAGAUGCCCAAUCGAUGCUUGAGACUUUCGAUGCAAUGCCAAACGAUAUGAAGACUCUAAUGAUGUAUCAACUGCUUCGGCGCUGCUCGAGGAAAACCCUACACGUUAUCGCGGAUGUUGUCAACCCUGCUUUGAAAUGUGAUUUCCUUGAUCAGUUGCCCACUGAACUUAGCUUGCACAUUCUUACCUUCCUCGAUCACAAGGAUCUAUGUCGUGCUGCACAAGUUUCAAAGCGCUGGAGAAAUAUUAUUGAUUCUAAUGAGACAGGCUGGAAGGAGCUGUUUGAUAGGGAUGGAUUCAUCCUACCGCAAGGGGAGCUCGAUAAAGCUAUUCAACAGGGCUGGGGUUGGCAGGAUCCUCAUGGACCGGAUGGAGCUGAGAGGGAUCUCAGCGUGCCUCCAGAACCAUCAUCGUUAGAUACUGUUGCUCUUGCUGCGCAUCUCAAGAUUGAGGCUGGACCGUCUCGAAAAGGCCGCGCUCCGACCAAGAGGAAGCGCGCCCCUGGUGGUUCAGGAGCUGAUCGAGCCAAGCGCAGGUCCGUAGGCCACGAGUUUGCCGACAAAGCCCAAGGCAUGGUCGCAAAAUAUCCGACUAUGCCCAAAUUCUCCAAAUCCGAAGGGCCUUUGAGUUCUGCAAGCGCUGCUGCUGCUGCGGUGCCAAACCCAGAAUUGGGUCUCCCUGGACUUCGGAAAUUGCAUCUCUACAAGUCGUUGUAUCGCCGCCAUUUUAUGCUUCAACAAAGUUGGAUGAGUGGCAAAGUAGCUCCUCAUCAUUUUGCAUUCCCAGCUCAUCCUGCACACGUUAUUACUUGUCUUCAAUUUGACGACGAUAAGAUUUUGACAGGUUCUGACGAUACACUUAUUCAUGUCUAUGACACAAAGACCGGUAAACUUAGGAAGAAGCUUGAAGGUCACGAAGGUGGUGUUUGGGCCCUUCAAUACGAAGGCAACGUACUGGUGUCUGGAUCCACCGACCGCUCUGUUCGAGUUUGGGAUAUCGAAAAGGGACUCUGCACACAAGUCUUCCAUGGCCACACGUCAACAGUACGAUGCCUUCAGAUUCUCAUGCCUGAAAUGACACGACGGACGGAGCAAGGUGUCCCGAUUAUGGUCCCAGAGAAACCAUUAAUCAUCACCGGAUCCAGAGACUCGCAACUGCGAGUAUGGAGACUGCCCUUAGGCGAGCAAGGCGACAAGCGCUACAGCUCGACAGGCCCACCUGCAAAUGAUACUGACUGCCCUUACUUCGUCCGCGUAUUGGCUGGCCAUCUGCAUUCCGUACGUGCUAUUGCUGCUCAUCAAGAUACAUUGGUCAGUGGCAGCUACGAUAACACUGUAAGAGUUUGGAAGAUUUCUACUGGAGAGACGAUUCAUCGACUUCAAGGACAUGCUAUGAAGGUUUACAGUGUAGUCCUUGACCACAAGCGCAAUCGAUGCAUCAGUGGCUCAAUGGACACUUAUGUCAAGAUCUGGUCGCUCGAGACUGGUGCCUGCUUGUUCACGCUCGAAGGCCAUUCAUCGCUUGUUGGAUUGUUGGACCUCAGUGACGAACGCCUCGUGUCUGCAGCAGCAGACUCAACGCUUAGAAUUUGGGAUCCAGAAAAUGGACAGUGCAAGAGCACACUGAGUGCCCAUACAGGCGCCAUCACAUGUUUUCAACAUGACAGUCAAAAAGUCAUCUCUGGGUCUGACAGAACUCUGAAGCUAUGGAAUAUCAAGACUGGAGAAUGCAUCAAGGAUCUUCUAACGGAUCUCAGCGGCGUUUGGCAAGUCAAAUUUGAUGAGCGCCGAUGUGUAGCUGCUGUUCAACGCGACAAUCUAACAUAUGUUGAGGUUCUUGAUUUUGGUGCUUCUCGGGACGGCGUUCCUGCAUGGAAGCGUGGUGCACGUCGACUCCUCGCUCCAGAUGCUGAUGCCGAACCGGACCUCACCAUCGUUGAAGAAGAAGUGUUAGACGACUGAAUAGCAACCUAAUCGUUCACCAAAAUUAAUG